CAAAACUGAAAGUAAAAGUGAAAUCGUAAAAUGAUGAUUGAUAUCACAUAAAAAUAUGAAAGUUCCAAACUUUUGGUAAAAAUUCAUUGUGAAUUAUUACUUUCAUCAUUUAACAGUAAUUUUGAAGAAUUCUCCGCAAUAAUUAUGGUUCAAAGUACUUGUAUCGCUUGUGAAACAAGUCGUGGAAGCAAUCCUUCGGUAUUCAACUUCACACUUCCAAAAGAAGAAACAACCAGGAGAAUGUGGUUGGAAAACUGUAAUAUUGAUCCAAACUCGAAUUUAUCUCCCUAUUCAAGACUAUGCAUGAACCAUUUCUCUGCUGACGAUGUGAUUGGUAACGAUAAACGAAAAGCAUUGAAGAGAAACGCUGUUCCAUUCAUUCACGACAGGCCAGAUACUAACUGCAACGAAUCGUCUCAACAGCAGAAUUCCGGAAUGGUUAACGUUGAAUCGGAUACAGAAAGUAUCCCAUGUGAAGCAACUUCCAAUCCUUCUGAUAUUUCUUCGAGUGAAGAAAACAUCGUCCCACAGUCGCGCAUAGACUUAACUAUUCCACAAACUUUGACAUCUUCGUUUCAAAGCACGAGAACACGUUGUGCAGAUGGAUUACGUGUUGCUAAAGUUUUCAGUACAGUAGACUUGAACCCUCCCAAAUCUAGACUAAAACAUUCAGAUCUUAAAGAAGCACUUAAGAGAGAAACAGUCGAAAUUCGUCGUUUACGAAAGAGCAAUCGCCUAAUCAAGAAACAGUUGGAAGAUUUUCGAAAACUGAUCGACGAGUUGCUAAGAAGAAAUUUGGUUACACCAGAAGGAAGGCGUAUGAUAGAAGAAUUCAGACGAAGGAAUGCUGAAUCCCUCGAGAAUCAGCAUUAAGAUGUACGCAGACCUGCUCGUCGUAUGAUUCAAUUGAGAAUUAUGCAUUUUACAAAAACGGUUAUAGCUUUAUUUUGUUUUUUAUUUUUACGUAAGAUGGUUAUGUUAAACAUAAGAGAGUAUUUUUUAUUUUUUAUUAGUACUUAUUUUAUUUCUUUGAAGAAAUUGUUUAUUUUCCAAAGUACAUAAUUAUUAUUCAAUUAGAAAUCUGCAUUUUCAAUUUUUAAUUUUGAGGAGUACCUACCUAAUACCUAUUACCUAUUACAUUUAAAAUGAACCGGAUUGGUUUGGCGCAUGCGCAGGCAUAUUUAAUAUUAGGUAGGUAUAACUGAACUGAACCAUUCACGCAUCAAAACCGAAUGCAUAACUUUUCUUUCUUAUUAUUACGCAUUUCAAGUAAAAAAUACUAGCUCCGGUGUCUAAUCAAUGACUAAUCUGUAGGAAAAUCUUCGAAUUUAAUCUCCAAUCGAACACUUAAAUCGUUGUAUGUAUUCGGAACUCAUCUUAACGAAAGACUAGUAAUAAAUAGUAGCUUCGUUUCCUUGAUGAUAAGUAUGAUAAUUCCGUUCGACAAUAAAUGUUACUAUUAUCUUA